GGGAGGUGGAAGCAAAAAGAGGAGUGGAGAAGAGCUAAAUGAAUAAAUAGGGAUGUCAACUCAGUUCAGAUAUCUCCAGAUUUUCUCACCAGAGGUGAAGAUAGUUGGUAAGCAUGACAUGGUAUUCCUUUUAUAUAAAGUUAGCAAUUUCUUCUUGGGCUUACGUGGACAUUAAGGACCAUGCUUUAUUGCAUGCAAUUCAUGUAUGGUUUAGCCAUUUUGAUCCUCUUCACAUUUUAGAGUAUAGGUAGACGUUUAGAUAAAAUGCACAAUGUGCAGUGGAAUCAAGAACAUUCCACUUAUUCCCAUAAUAAUUGCUUCACUUAAAACUUAGAAAUACUCACAAUUAUUUUGAGACAGAUAUAUAUUAGAAACUUAGUAAUUAUAUAAAGCAAAAAAAAUGUAUAACUGCUCAUUGAGAACUGAAUGUUUUUAGGUUAGAGUAAACUGAAAUAGCAGUCAAAGACAGGUUUUACUUUUCUUCAAACAAUAUAAAGAAUUUACCCCAGGCAAUCUAUCUAAUGGAAUUCAGCUGCAAUUUCCUACAUGGAAACAGCCUGUAAACCCCAGUAGAUGAUUCCGAUAUCUUCAUAGAAAAUGGUCUGUUUUAAAAAUCAAAAUAUAUUACUAAACUGAUGUUGUUGGGAUGAAUUCACUUCCACCACUUGUCUAUGUGAUUAAUUUAAUAAUGGGGAAUAUUAUCCUGUGUACAAAAACACAUUGAAAGUGUAGUCAGAGGGAUACUAUUUGUCUUUAAUUAAGUUUAACUUUUUAUUAUUUCCAGAUUAAUAUAUAGCAAGUAGGAGAGAACUAUAUAGUUCUUAACAUUUCCCCUCUUCUGUCAGCACCUAGAGGCUCAUAGGAAAUGUAGUUUGCAAGUAUCCACGUUAAGCAACUGGUACAUUAGAAUAUCUGAUGGGCUUCCAUGUUUAAGCUACCUUAAGAACUGUAUUGGGAGCAGAGAAGGAUCCCAUAGGCAGGUUCCAGUUUGGGGCACCACCUUCAUUCUUAACAUAGGGAUGGUAAAUGGGGCCAAACAAAUUCAUGGUUCUGAGGGCCCCUUUCUGACCCUUGGACCCUAUGGGGUUGCCUUAUGAUUAAUACUGCUGCCUUGAUUGUGACGUUCUUUGUGGUCUCCAUGCUAAAUCUUAUGCAUGGUCCUUUAACCCAUCUUCCAAAACCAAACUAUUUCAAGACCUGAUAGGAUUAGGAGGUAGGUGCUCCAGCCAAGUUUUUAUAGUCCAUUAUCCCACCCUCCAAACUAACCUACUUCAAAACUUACCUCAUGAUUAAUCUUACAGGGUAAGAACAGUUAGAAGGCAUUAGCAGAGAAGCAAACUGAGUGUUUCUCCCAUAAAACCAAAUGUUUUCCCUAUAGUGAAUGACACUGACCUUGCAGCCAUUAGCAGAAUGUUAUCUUUAUUUAACAUAAUCAAAGAACACAUUAGUGCAAGAGAAGCAUACAUUAUUUCAGGGCACGAAAUGUUGCUUACACCGGCACUGCACAUGUUCUAGUGGUUUUUUUAAUUCGCAUGUGUGAGUAAUUAGAGAGAGCUAUUAUACAUGAACACAUUUGCCAAUUCUCUGUCUGAAUGCAGUAGGAGAUAUCAAGAAUUAGAACUGAAGAAAAAAAAGAAAAAGAAAACUCUAAGCAGAAUAUAAGGUUUACUUUGCUAGCCUGGUAUAGUAAAGGCUCUCUUAUAAACCUGUAUGUAUCAUCAGAAUUUAUUGAGAGCGUGAUAUGUGUGUUAGGUGAGGAUAAAGGGGAUAAAUAUACAGACGUAGACCGUGAUGAUAAGUCCUCUGACUUUUAAGCAUUGGAAUUUCAGAAUUUAGAAUGUCAGAAUAUUGUUUUCCACAUCCCAAGCAUUCUUGUAUUACAGUACUAUUUUAGCUUACCAGUUAUCCUGAUGAACUAAUAUCACUAUAAUGUAACAUUUCAUUACCUCACUUCAGAGAUGUCCUACAUCCAUCUUCAAAUCACCACCCUUUUGUUUUAUUUAUUUUUUUACUUAUUUAUAUAUAUAUAUAUUUUUUUUUAAUUAAUUUGUCAUCUUAAUGUAAUCCCUUAAAUGUGCACUCUAAGCACCCACAAAAAUUAGUGCAAUGUGUAGGUUAGAUAUGUUUUUGACAGACAGUUUUUUAAAUGAAUCUUUUUGUGGGAAAAAAAAAUAGUUUUGCUGCAUAAGUUCACCUAUCCAACCUGACGUGUUUCCCUUUUGCUCAAAUUACACAACUAUUAUCCAUGAUUUCAUAGGUUUCUGUUAGUUGUACUUCAUUUGUUAGCUUUCUGCUGUACAAAAGACAAUUACUACUCCCAGAAACCUGUGCUAUGCCAGAAAGAAAACUAUGGUAGAAAGCUAUGGUAGGAUUACAUUGGUUAAAUCACUUUGUGGUUUGGUACAAGCUCACUGCAGAUGCUGAAAAUGUUUAGAAUUGCAGCAAAAUCAGGAAAGUUGUGUUAUGCAUUAAAUGGGACAAAUCGAGUCUAGAGUGCCCGUUAACAGUCAGGUUUCUUUUAGCUCUGUGCUCUCCAUCUUCUCUUUCAAUAUUAUUUAGAUUCUUUCUAAACUGUUAGAGAAAAAACUGUUGUGUGACAUAAGCAUGUUUCAAUGGGAAAAUCACAUUGAUUAAUAUUUUUUGGGGCUUGUCCUCUUAUGAAUAAAUAAAUUCAUAGUAUUGAGAACCCGAGUCAAUGGCUGGCUGAGUAUCAAGGGAAAUAUAUAUUUCAAGGACAUUUGUGGUAUCUUGAUUUGCUACAUCUAUUCAUCAUUGCUCUCUUAUCUAAAAGUAAAAUUCAACAAAAUCCACAUGUGGAUUACAUUAACAUUACCAUAAUGCAUCCCACAGGUGUUCAAAUGUUUCUAAAAAUUUGGAAACAAUAUUAAAUUUCCAGUCAAAUUUUACAUCUGAUGAUGGAUUUUUUCCAAGAGAACAGGUUCCACCUACUUCUUUUGUCUUUCCAAUGUCCGUUUAUGCUCGCUAUUGCCCACCUAUAUUCCCACCACUGCCCUGUUUGAUAUGCAUAAACCUUGCCAACGCAUAACUCUCUAAAUUCCAGCUGCCUCCCAUCCCACACGUGGACAUUGCUAUUAAACACUACUCUGUUAUACAUUGGAGCUGCUCUCUUUUCCAGCUAAGUUUCCAUCUGCUCUAAAACCAAGGAGAGACGUACAAACACAGCUCAGCAAGAGGACAGCAUGAAGUCUCUUCCGAUUCUCGUGUUCCUGUCACUGGCAGCAGUGGUGGCCCUUGCCUAUGGUAUGACGAAUUUACAUUGUAAUCAUUUUAUAUUAAUAGCUUAGGAAAAUAAUAAUUAUUAUUAUUCCGAAUAAAGCACCUUUAUGCUUCAUAUUUUUUGUUAGUAAAAAAAGUUACCUUUUUUACCUUUUUCUUUUAAACUUAUGUUUACUUGUGUAAGGGGACAACAUAGUCUGCGUAUUUAUACAAUAUACUAGUAUGUUUCAAGUAUGCAGACUAUGUUAUAAUUAUAACCUCAGAAAGGCAGUUCUAAAACAAUUUUUUUUAUAAUUAUCUAAAAUGUCAGUUUAUAUAUUUUUUUUAAAUGUGUUUCUGUAAGUUCAUUUUUUCACAUAUAGUUUUUAUAAAUAUUAUGAAAUUGUCAGUUAUUAUAAUAAGCGUAUACCAUGAAAGGACCAAAGCUUAAAUAACAUCUUAGGCUCUUCUCUUAAAAAACAAUCUAUUAAAAAAAAAAAAAACCUGUGUUUAACACUCAGAUACACUGAGAGGAAUAUUGUUAAUAAACAAUACAUUUGGUGAAAGUAAGAUUGCCAGAUAUGUAUCAUAAACCUUUAGUAAAAAGCAAACACAUUUGAUUUUACAAUGAAAAAUCUCCUAAAUUGUUUCUUUUUUUGUGUUGCAUUCUUCUAUUUUUUAUUAAAUGCAGACACUACUCGCCAGCUUUUGGAACUAAAAGACAUAUUCUGCAACUUUAACAAAUGUAUAAAAAAAAUUCUACAUAGUUGGCUGUUAUUUAAAACUUGAGUGACUCAUAAAGCCAUUCACUAUGUUCAAUUUUUUUAAUUGAGAAUUAUUUAUUGUUAUUUUAUCACAUUAUUGCUAGAUUUUACUGUGACAGACAUUGAUAAUAGCCCCUUUAAAUCUUAUAAGAAGAUACUGCACAUUUUCACUACCUCAGGUUUCAAUCGUUUCCAUGAAGUCCACAGUUUUCAAUGAGGAAAAAAAAACAUGAUUUCUUAAAUCUAGAUUUUGGAAGUCUGGAAAUUCAAAACAAAGUGUUUAUUUACUUUUAAAAAGAUGAUAUGAUAAUGAAUGCCUUGGACAGAAAUUCAGAAAAUGUGAUAGAGCCAUCGACAUAAUAUCUAAAGUUUUAUCUGCAAGCACAGGGCUAUUGUGAUAGAGAGGCCUUAGAAUGUGAAAUGGGGCAAUGCAUGGGAAAUAAGAAAGGAAAUUUAUCCUGGUGGGUGUCUCUAUGAGGAAUUUGUUGCUAAAGGACAGCAGAGAUAAUUCACUUGCCAUUUUAGGGAAAUCACUACGAGAUCUAUGUAACACACACAUAGCACUUCCACAUUACACUAAAUAUUUUAUUUGUUGCAGCUCUGUUUCACAUUUCCCAACAGUUCACAUUCAGUGGCACACUCAACAUUGUGGGCCCCUAUUCUGCUGACCCAUGUUAACCUUCUGGUGUACCAUUUUUUUUAUUCUUACUAAUAAGCCCAACACAAAUACAACAAUAGGUGUGUCUGGGCUGCACAAACGGAACUCAGGGAAUUUGGCCCAAUCAAGAAAGUAUUGAGGUGACUGCACUUGGUGUCACAGGCAGAGAAGAAUUAAGAUCCUACAGGGCCCUUGGCAGUUUACUCCUUUGGGGCAGACUCUUCACUUUUGGUAUAGUGAAUGGAGCCAAGAUUGGCCAAGUAUCUUCAUGAUUUCUACCAGUCUAGCCUCUGAGCCUUAGGCGGCUGACUUUAAAUUUGCAGUCAUAGUUUCAAAUGCUGGGAAGUAUACACUUGAAAGAGUGACGUUUUUGCUGGGUUGUUAAGCAGGGCAUGUUUUAACAGUUAGGCCCUCUCAUCUCUUUUGUGAUAAUGUAAAACACUAAACCAGCUUGUGCCGUUUUUAAUAAUAGAUGCCCUGGCCCCUUAUUUUGUCUUCAGUGGGUCUUUAUGGUCUGGGCUAAGUUUUAUAUAGGCUGUCCUCAGAUCUAGCACAAUUCUUAUGAUGAUACACAUGUAUCAUUUGAGUUCUUUGCAAAAGGGCAGUGGACACAAAAGUGACGGUUGCACUUUAGAAGAGGUAAAAUUAAUUAAUUGCUUGCUUUUAAUUUGUGAUCAAACUCAAAUUUAGAUUAGAUCAGUGAACUAACAUGUGACAUUAAGUGUAGCUUCUAUUGUACUGACAGAUACUUUUAAAUUAUGUAUUUAGUAAAUUGUAGUAAAUUGAUGCAUGAGUUACAAAAUGAAGACCAAAAUAGCCAAGGUUUAUAAAAAUGUGCAACUGUUUUGAAGAUGUUUUGAUACUUGGACAUUUUGGCCUAACUUUUGAAACUCUGUAAUAAAGUUUGUUUAGUAAAAAAAAAAACUAAUAUGUAUUUGCAAUAAAAUCAUAGUUCAUACACAUUUUGAGAAAUACUGAGUGGCAUAUCUCUGAACAUCGACAUACACCAGAAUGCCCUUGGGAGGGAGCGAAGGAGGCGGACCAGUGAUGCAAGUUGUGUCACUGGCGCUACUGAAAGGGGGUGGAUCUGCCCAUCAAAAAGGCAUCAAAAGAAUGGGCAGAUCAGCCUGGCGUUCUAGGUCCUGCUCACUUUGCACCUCUAGGGAAAAGUUCCGUGGCAGAACACUAGGGAACAAAAGUAUUUAAUUUAUUUAUUUUUUUAUCUAUACAAAAGUAUUUUAUUUAUUUAUUUAUUUAUUUAUCUAUUUUAAAUAUAUUUUUUAUAUUUCAUAUAUGUUUUGAUAUGUUAUUAUGUUAAGAAAAUCAUUUGAAAAGGUUAUCCAAAAUUAGUAAAUUAUUAGGAAAGUUUUAAAAAUAAUACACUGAGGUUAAAGUUGGGACAACGGGACAGGUCUAUAAAAUAGGGACUGUCCCACAUAAAUCAGGACUGUUGGGAGGCCUGGGGUAGUAAUCUGGGCUUUAACAACUUCCUACAUUAAAUUAAAGAUCAUCAUUGCGGUUGGAUUCAGCCUGUGUAUAAUAAAAUAAUUUCACAAUUUAGGCCAAUGUAGACAAAUUAUAAAAAAGGUGAAUUUGAUAAUUUUCCAAUGCAGCUAAAUGUCUGUUUAGUGAAAUAAUGUGUAAUAGCUCAGCACAUUCCCUCAGUUAUUGCUUUUAUGGUUUGAUGCAUUAAAAUGAGUAUUUCUAUUUUCUAUUUAGAAUCCUAUGAAAGCCAUGAGUCCUUUGAACGAUAUGGUAAGAGGAAAUCAGUUUAUUUAUAGAUUAUACGUCAUAACAAUUUGAGUACUUGCUACACCUGUUAUUUAAAGAUUUUACAGAUUUAAGAAAGCACAUGCCAUAAGGGGUACAACCUGUCCAGAGUCUGUCAUGUUUUUUAUUAUCAUGUGCUUUAUUAUAUAUAUAUAAAAUAAAAAAUCAUAAUUCUUUCUACGUGUUUUUUUGUUUUUGUUUUUUUCUUUUGUUCUAUAUUUGUGGUUGUUGUGCAAAUGCAGGUACUAUAUAACUCAUGGGCUUUUCUUCUUAGAAGCACUUUACAACUUUUCCUGCUGUGUAAUUUAAUCAAUGAAUGUUAGAAAAAUCAGGACAGGAGGACAGGACGGGAGGAAGUAUCAGACGUUGAUUAACAUGGUGACUGUGCUUUCAUAUGCAUUACAGAAGGAAGCACAUAAGGUUAAAUGGUCUUCUACACUAAGUUUAAAACCAAAUACAGUAGAUCAAACAAACACCCAUACAUAUAAAGUGAAUUAGAAGAAAUAUUUUUCUGCCAAAAAAAAAAAAAUUUACUUUACUUAUAUGCUUUAAAGGACCACUAUAGGCACCCAGACCACUUCAGCUUAAGGAAGUGGUCUGGGUGCCAGGUCCAGCUAGGUUUAACCUUUUUAUCUAUAAACAUAGCAGUUUCAGAGAAACUGCUAUGUUUAUAAAUGGGUUAAUCCAGUCUUUAGUGGCUGUCUCAUUGACAGCCGCUAGAGGGCUUACGCGCUUCUCACUGUAAAUGCUUUCCUAUGGACUGGCUGAAUGCGCGCGCAGCUCCUGCCGUGCAUGCGCAUUCAGCCGAAGAGGAGGAGAGGAGGAGGAGAGCUCCCCGUCUGGCGCUGGAGAAAGAGGUAAGUUUAACCCCUUCCUCCCCCUAAAGCCCGGCAGGAGGGGGACCCUGAGGGUGGGGGCACCCUCAGGGCACUAUAGUGCCAGGAAAACGAGUAUGUUUUCCUGGCACUAUAGUGGUCCUUUAAAGGAACACUAUAGUCACCUAAAUUACUUGAACUAAAUAAAGCAGUUUUAGUGUAUAGAUCCUUCCCCUGCAAUUUCACUGCUCAAUUCACUGUCAUUUAGGAGUUAAAUCACUUUGUUUCUGUUUAUGCCGCCCUAGCCACACCUCCCCUGGCUAUGAUUGACAGAGCCUGCAUGAAAAAAAAACUGGUUUUACUUUCAAACAGAUGUAAUUUACCUUAAAUAAUUGUAUCUCAAUCUCUAAAUUGAACUUUAAUCACAUACAGGAGGCUCUUGCAGGGUCUAGCAAGCUAUUAACAUUGCAGGGGAUAAGAAAAUCUUAAUUAAACAGAACUUGCAAUAAAGAAAGCCUAAAUAGGGCUCUCUUUACAGGAAGUGUUUAUGGAAGGCUGUGCAAGUCACAUGCAGGUAGGUGUGACAAGGGUUCAUAAACAAAGGGAUGUAACUCCUAAAUGGCAAAGGAUUGAGCAGUGAGGCUGCAGGGGCAUGUUCUAUACACCAAAACUGCUUCAUUAAGCUAAAGUUGUUCAGGUGACUAUAGUGUCCCUUUAACAUUUUAUAGUUUACAAUCACAUUGCAGUUGUAAAAAAAUAAAAAAAAUGAUAUUUAUUAAUAAUUUAUUUAUAUUCAAUAAUACCUAUACAAUCUUACCUUGUAAACCCAACCAGUUCCAAGCAGAAGGUAAGCAAAUACCAUACACUGUAAAAAAAGUAAGAGGUUUAAAAGGACAAAUAAGGCAACUCUGCCAGAUAAUGGCAUAUGAUAUAAUAUAACAAUAUAUAAGGGCAGUGACUCAAAAGCAAUUAAUCCUGCAAGUCUACCAAAAAGAAAAAAAGAAAGAAAAACCUUUUAAAGUCUCGGCCAUAUGGAUAGCAUGCAGCACUAUGAUAUCACACUCUCGAUGCCAAAAAAACACAUAUGGUCCAAAUGUGUAAAGAGGCUACCAAGUAUUUCUGAGCAGACAUAUUUCAGAAUAGAAACCAAAGAAAACAGUUACUUGUGCACUAUCCCAAAUCCCUGUGCAUAAUCAAAUAAUUAAAGGUUUUUAGUAUCACUCCAAAGGCCAUUAGUUUGUAAGCUCACCUGCCACGUCAAGGGCAAACCUCUUAGGUGAGUCCUACACUAACAAUUCACCUUGCUACUUUCAGCUUCAGGUAAAAUAUCUCUAAUAGAGGGGUCUCUUUUGAGAUUUCUUUACCUGAAGCUCAAGGAAGCAAUGUGAUUUGUUAUUGUAGGACUCACAUAAGAGGUUUGCCCCUUGACAUGGCAGGUGAGCUUACAAUCUAACGGCCAUUGGAGUGAUACUAAAAACCUUCAGUUAUUUGAUUAUGCAUACGGAUUUGGAAUAGUGCACAAGUAACUGUUUUCUUUGGUUUUUAUUGCAUGUAUUGGGGCUGAUGGGUACUACGGUUAUUGCUGCCGCCUAGGAGUAGUGGGAGUUUGAGCGCAGGACUUAUUUCAGAAUAGUUCUACUUGACCCUUUCCAUAACAGCCUCAUAAAUAUGAGAAAGCAGAAGUAGAGUAGAAGAGUUGUACAAGAGAAUGGGUUAAUGUGACUCUAGCAUCUGAAAUUGUCUUUACAUAACUUUGUUGGAAAUGUUGUAAAAUUGUAUUUCUAACAAAGUAAUUGUCAUGCUCCUAAGCAGGUCAGAGAGGAGACGAUUGCAAGGGUUAUUGGUUAAAAUCUUAUUUGUCGUAUUAGACAUAACAAAAUUUACUGAAAAUAAAGAAUAAAGAGCAGUCUGCCACAAACAGGAUACUUUGAGAAAAACAGGGUUUAGUCGAUAUGCCACAAACAAGAUAUUUAAUAAGUAAAUGAAUAAAGUCUUUUGUAUACAAGCAGGCUUGAAGUUAUACCAAGUAGUUAAGGAUUUCCAGGAUACUUUGCAAUGCAGCUAGUUAUAGGUAAAUACCUUUUAGGAUUAAGCAAUACAGGAUCAUGCAGAGUUGUAGAGGUUGAAACAAGUAGGUAUAUUCCAAAAUAAUAUAAUGCAGGUUGCUUACGAGAUCAUGCAGUGAUGCAGCAAUUGAAGCAGUUAAGAUUCUUCAAUGAAGGCAAUACGCCACAAAUCAGGAUUCUUGGAAGCUGAUAAGGAAAGUCUUUCGAUAAAAUGUAAUUCAGGCAAAUUCAGGAUGAAGUAGUACAGGUUAGUGCCUUUCAGUAUGAGGAAAUGCAGAUGAGUAAGUAACAUGUAAUUAUAUUAAUUGAAGAAAUUUGAUUUAUUUCCAGACCCAUUUUUAAACUCAAGGAAUGCCAAUUCAUUUAUGAAUUCCCAGCACAGAAACAUACGCAUGAAUGAAAGGUAAGGAGAGAUUACUGAUAAGUUAGUUUAAUGACUCAGGAAUAUCUAUUUAUUAUAGUUAGCUGUUUCUGGUUCUAGAACUUUCCAUAGAGCUACAAAAUGUAAUUUCUUGUGUCAUCACUACACUGGAGACAUUUCUAUAAGUGCCUUAGAUAUGCUUCCUCUUAUCAAAUCAAAAUGGGCAAGGAGUAGAGAUGGGUGGAUCAUUUAUUUGAAGAAUAUUGAUAGCAUGGGAUUAGGCUAAAAGUGUUGGAUGGAUUGGCAAAACAAGGACUCUUAAAAAACAUGAGAAGAUCAACUUGCCAAUGAGAAAAGAGUUGGAAUAAUUGCAGGUGACUUAAGGACAACCUUACCUAGCACAUGGAAGCAAAAUAAGAUCUUGGAAGGCCUUGGAGUUAGGGGAUAGGAAAGGGUUAGGUUGUUGAGAAGGUAACUGCUAAAUUGGGUAAGAUGGAUAAAGAUGUUGUGGUCAAAAUUUCUCAUUGUUUGCAUCUAUAAUAUAGCUAGUACUGUGAAUAAGUCAUUUAGUAUAAUUAGGUCUUUAAUGAUUUCUCUAGAGUCCGUGAGCGCAAUAAGAGCCCCCGGGAACGACAGCGCGAGACUUGUGAGGACUACGAUCCUUGCGAACGAUAUGCAAUGAGAUUUGGCUUCGACGCUGCUUACAGACGAUAUUUUGGAAGGCGUAAUGGAGAAAAAUAAAAUGAUGAAUCCAUCCAUGGUGAAGGCCAGAGUGAUGUAGUUGAAAGUCUUGGUGUAUUUUAAUUAGGUGUACUGGGAGCCUACUGCAUGCUGUUAACAGCUCAGCAAAGCCAGACAACUCUUUGGAAAUAAAUCCAGUAUAUAUUCUGAGAUUGUCUCUGAACUAACAUGGGUAAAAAGCUGUAUUCACUGUUUCUUUUUGUAUCACACACAGGUUAUUGCUAGACACCAUAACAUGCUUUAUUCACAUGUCUUGUUUUUAAAAAUAAAAUGCUGCUUUUACACCUAGCGUUGGAUACACAAUGUGCCAUUCGUUUGUAUAAAUAAAAAUAUGCACUGAAAUUAUAAUGUAUGCAGAAAGGAGAUGUACUUACCG